GAAAAAAAAAAAACUAAGAUGGCGUCUCGUCAAGAAAUACUGGAUGGUCUGAGAAGAGUGAUGAUCGGAAAAUGAUUUAUCACGACAUAACUGAGAAAGUUUAAGCUUGUCGCUGAGUGUUAAGCGAACUUCAACCAUUAAUGAAUUGAACCCGCGGGUUUACCAGCGUCUACAUGUAGACCCGAAGCUGAAAACGGUCAACUUUGCUAGCUCCGGUAGCUGGCCAACGUGAACUACUAGUCUUUACAACAACAGAGGAAGGAGAGCGACCACAGUCCCUAUCACACCCCGGGACAUCGAGGUGUCUUCGGGGAAAUGGAAGCAGAAGAGUUUAUUCCUCCUCCGGAGUGUCCUGUUUUCGAGCCGUCAUGGGAGGAGUUUCAGGAUCCCUUAGGCUACAUCGCCAAAAUACGUCCAAUCGCAGAGAAGUCUGGAAUCUGUAAAAUUCGACCCCCACCAGACUGGCAGCCACCAUUUUCUGUUGAACUGGAUAGCUUUCACUUCACUCCUCGCAUCCAGAGGCUUAAUGAGUUGGAGGCUGAGACGAGAGUGAAGCUCAAUUAUUUGGACCGCAUCGCCAGGUUUUGGGAGAUUCAAGGGUCUUCUUUAAAAAUCCCACACAUUGAAAGGCGCAUUGUUGAUCUUUACAGCCUGUCAAAGGUCGUGACAGAUGAAGGAGGUUUUGAGAUGGUCUGUAAGGAGCGGCGCUGGGCUCGUGUAGCACAGAGGCUUGGCUACCCUCCAGGCAAGAAUGUCGGCUCUCUCCUGCGCUCRCACUAUGAGAGGAUUGUCUACCCGUUUGAAAUGUUCCAGUCGGGGGCCAGCCUUCUGCAUUACAAGCCAAAACACUAUGAUGGUGAAGAAGUGGAUAAAGAGUACAAGCCUCACUCCAUCCCACUGCGACAGUCCGUGCAGCCGUCUAAGAUGAGCAGCUAUGGACGCAGAGCAAACCGCUGCCAGCCUGAUGGUCCAGAGGAUCUGGUCCCCCAUCCUCUCACCACUGGCUCUCAACUCAUCUCUGCGCCUGAGCCUACAGAGGAAGACAUUGAGAAGAACCCAGAGUUGAAGAAAUUACAGAUCUACGGUGCGGGGCCUAAGAUGAUGGGACUUGGACUGGUGGCAAGAGACAAAGGUCUUAGGAAGAAAGAUGAGCUGCCUCAAACUGUUACCAUCAAAGACAUGGAGUCGCCAGCUUCCAGUGAAACUCCAGUCAAACCUGAGCCACCGGAGCCCGAAGAGAGGCAGACUGAUGGAAACACAUCUGGCCCUCAACUGCCUCAUCAUAGUGUUACAGUAAAGAUGGAAGUGAAGAAAGAAGAGCUGCAGGGUGAGGACUACAAGGAUGAAGAUGAUCCGGAUGGAUCCAAAAUGACCAUGAGGCUAAGACGCAACCCAAACAACCCACAGUGUGUGGAUUCUUACAUCUGUCGAAUGUGUGGUCGUGGAGAUGACGAUGAGAAGCUUCUUCAGUGUGAYGGCUGUGAUGAGAACUACCACUCUUUCUGUCUCCUGCCCCCACUCUCUGAUGUACCCAAAUGCAACUGGCGCUGCCCAAAAUGUGUUGCAGAAGCGUGUAAGAAGCCUUCAGAGGCAUUCGGCUUCGAACAAGCAACAAGAGAGUACACUCUGCAAAGCUUUGGAGAAAUGGCAGAUGCUUUCAAAGCAGAUUACUUUAACAUGCCUGUUCAUAUGGUUCCUCCUGAGCUGGUGGAGAGAGAGUUCUGGAGGUUAGUCAGUUGUAUAGAAGAAGACGUGACCGUGGAAUAUGGAGCAGAUAUACACUCUAAAGAGUUUGGCAGUGGCUUUCCAAUGAUGAAUGGACAAAAGAAUCUCACAAAAGAAGAGGAGGAUUACGCCCGUAGUGGCUGGAACUUGAAUGUGAUGCCAGUUCUGGAGCAGUCGCUCCUUUGCCACAUCAAUGGAGACAUCUCUGGGAUGAAGGUGCCAUGGCUUUAUGUGGGCAUGGUGUUUUCAACCUUCUGCUGGCACAUUGAGGAUCAUUGGAGCUACUCCAUCAACUACCUUCAUUGGGGAGAACCCAAGACUUGGUAUGGAGUUCCCUCUGUGGCAGCUGAGCAGCUUGAGGACGUUAUGAAGAAGCUGACGCCAGAGCUGUUUGAGUUUCAGCCUGACCUCCUGCAUCAGCUUGUUACCAUCAUGAACCCCAACAUCCUCAUGGCUCACGGUGUACCGGUUGUACGCACAAACCAAUGUGCCGGUGAGUUCGUCAUCACCUUCCCCAGAGCCUAUCACAGUGGCUUCAAUCAGGGAUAUAACUUCGCAGAAGCAGUCAACUUUUGCACUGCAGAUUGGCUCCCUGCCGGUCGACACUGCAUUGAGCACUAUCGGCGUUUGAGGAGGUAUUGUGUCUUCUCUCACGAGGAGCUCACCUGUAAAAUGGCUACCAGUCCAGAGAAACUGGACCUGAACCUGGCCGCAGCUACUCAUCGGGAGAUGUUCAUUAUUGUUCAAGAGGAGAGAAAGCUGCGCAAGAAUUUGAUGGAAAGGGGCAUUACAGAAGCAGAACGGGAGGCCUUUGAGCUGCUGCCUGAUGAUGAGAGACAGUGUGAUAAAUGUAAGACCACGUGCUUCCUCUCUGCUCUGGCGUGCUCAAACUGCCCCGAACAUCUGGUGUGUCUCUAUCACACUCAGGAUCUGUGCAACUGCCCCACUGAAAAGCUCUACCUCAGGUACAGAUACACCUUGGAUGAGUUGUUAGCGAUGUUACAUCGAUUAAAAGUCCGGUCCGAGUCUUUUGAUUCCUGGGCCAACAGAGUUAAAGAAGCACUUGAACAGGAAGAAGGAAACAAGAUAGAAAUGUAUGACCUCGAGAAGCUAAAGAUGGAAGCAGCAGAAAAGAAGUUUCCUGACAACGAACUUCUUCGGAAGCUCAACUCAGUUCUGAAAGACAUAACGUACUGCCAACAGACGAGUACCGAGCUGCUCAAUAAUCCAAAAACUGGUGAAGGAAGAAUAACUUGGCUGGAUCUGAAAUCCUUGGUUGAGAAAAUGCAAAACCUGCCAUGUGUUAUAAAUCAGUUGGAAGAAGUUCAGGCGGUUUUAAAGACCGUCGAGGAUUUCCAAAAACGAGCUCAAGUUCUCAUCAACAACAAGGACUGGAGGAAAGACUCGCCCCCACAUGAGCAGCUGCAGUCUUUAUUGGAGGAAGGGGCCAAGCUGUCUGUGCUGGCUCCAGAGUGUGAUCUACUCCAGGGCCUGAAGGAGCAAGGUCACUGGCUGGAGGAGGUGAGGCGCACGCUUGGCACAGCAGGAGGAGAGAAGCACGAAGUGACGCUGAACGUGCUGAGGAACCUCAUGGAAGCAGGCUGCAACGUACCUCAGAGCGGGUCUGUGGAGACGGCCAUGGCUGAGCUUCAGGAGCUGCUCACAAUAGCUGAACGGUGGGAGGAAAAAGCACAGAUCUGCUUAGAACAGAGUUUUCUGUUUUGCUCCGCAAGGCAAAAGCAUCCUCUCUCCACUCUGGAGGCUAUAGUAAAUGAGGCCCAACUUAUUCCCGUCAAGCUUCCCAACAUUCUGGCCUUGCAGAGCUGUCUUGUACGAGCUCGGGCCUGGGUAACAGACUUGGAGGAAAUACAGAAUGGAGAGCAUUAUCCGUGUUUGGACGACCUGGAAGGACUGGUAGCUAUUGGAAGGGACUUACCGGUUUUCAUGGAAGAGUUAAGGCAGCUGGAACUGCAGGUGGCAAGUGCUCACUCCUGGAGGGACAAGGCCACCAAGACCUUCCUGAAGAAGAGCAGCCAGCACAGUCUGCUAGAGGUGUUAUGUCCGUGUGCAAAAAGGAGGAAUAGGCGAGUUGAGACAGAACCCUUGGAAGAUGAUUCUGAUACAAACACGUUGGGUCUUUCUGCUCAGGCCUUGAGGGACCCUGCAGCUAUUGUGAUGGCGUUUAAAGAAGGGGAACAUCAGGAAAAAGAGGCCCUGCUGAGGUUACAGGAAGUGAACAUGUGUAAGUCUGGACUAAACGCAGCCAGAUGUAAGGAGAACAGGAGGUGGGAUGAAGCCAUGGAGACAGACACAACAGGCCAACAGAACUCUGUGAAAGAGAAUGGAAGCAGUGAGCACGGCCCUGCUCCGUCUGUGUGUGUGUGUGUUGGGCAGACGGGUGCUCCUCAGCUGCGCUGCCAUCUUUGUAAGGACUGGUUCCACGGUGGCUGCGUUCCUUUUCCUUCCCUGCUGCCCUCUUCCGGACCGCCCAUCAACUCCCUUUGCUGGUGGGACUGGGACACUCGCUUUCUGUGUCCUCAGUGCCAGCGGUCCCGGCGCCCACGUCUGGAGACCAUCCUGGCUUUGCUGGUGGCCCUGCAGAGGCUACCUGUGCGUCUGCCUGAAGGAGAGGCUCUGCAGUGCCUCACAGAGAGGGCCAUCACCUGGCAGGGCCGAGCCAAGGAGGCGCUGGAGACACCAGAGCUGCAGCAGGCGCUUCAGAAGCUGCAGGAACUCAAAGAAACCCUCCACCGUGACGUCGACGAGGAGAAAGAUGAGAAAAAGGAGGUAGAAGGGAAUUCAGUUAUUGUUUUAUCAGACUCCGAGGGAGGAGAGGGAGAGGAUGACAUCAUUGAUCUAACAGAGGAGUCACCGAAAAAGAAAAAGGAAAGCAGUGCCACUCAAGCUGAAUGUCAAAAUGGUGUCGGCAAAAAGUCGAGUGUUCCAGGCGUGGGCUCUCUGCUGACCCUGCUGCCUUCACUGAACGGUCGAGUGGUGGAGCUUUCCCCGUCCACCAGGGUGCAGCUGGAGGAGCUGCAGCUAGAGGGCGACCUGCUGGAGGUGUCUUUGGAUCAAACACAGACCAUCUACAGAGUCCUGCAAGCUGCCUCUGACCCACCCAGAGAAACACUGCACACACUCAUCCAGAUUGAGCUCGAAGAACAGAGACAAGUUCGACCCAAAGAGUCCAAACGGAAGAGAAAAGGCCACAGAGGAAGCAGUGGAGAAGGGUCAGGAGAAAAGUCACAGGACGUCUCUCAGUCAAAGAAAACCUGUCCUCUCAAACUCGGCCCCUCUGCUGUCCUCCCUGUCAAGACCCAUCCUGAGAUGUUGUGAUCCAGCCAACAAUAAAGCGGCAGAAUGGAAAAGUCCAAGAACUKCAUGGGGCAGAAGUCAAUGUGCAGGAAGAUGGAGUCGAUUUCUAAAGAUGCAGGACAUCCCUUUUUCUGUUCACCCACCUCUCCUCCUCAUCCCUCAUCCAUUUGGUCAGACACUAAACAGAGAAAAGACUCAUCUGCUACACUCCACCCUCACGUCUUCAACAGUAUUUCAUUCAUCUUAAUUUUGUUCCCACCUACCAUCUUCCCAGACUCUGUCCUUCACCUUCCCUGGAUCUCUCCCCCCCCCCCCCUUUUGAACAUUGUAAAACUGUCGGACUGAUGUAAGACUUGCCGUUAAAGGAACGUCUUUGAUUUGGAGUUUUUUAAGGUCAGUCAGUAUGCUUUGUAUUCGUCGUGUGUUAAAGGCUCAGGAGCUGCAGUUUCUCUUCCCCUGAGCUCACCUGUUCUGUCGUUGAAUAAGCUCUGAGUACAGCGCAGGAUUCUACCUGCCACCCUGAGACAAGCAGCAYCACGGUUACACUUGCAUUUAUUUUUUCAGUUGUAAUUAAUCUUGUGUUUGAAGCUGUUCUGACAGGGGCAUCAAUUUUCAUGAAGCAAGUCAGUUUUGGGAAGUGUUAAAAUGGGCGUUAAUGUUUUUGGUGCUACUUUCCUAAAACGAAAAAUACUUUCCUCUUGGCUUUAUCUUUCCUUUUCUUUUCCUCAAUUUUUUUUUUAUGUAGGUCCCAUCCUUUCGACUUCAUGUUUUAUUCCUUUUCCAUUUGAUCCACCUCCCCUACCAUAUUAUAUUUGGAAAAUAACUUUACUGUAACUCACGUUGUCUCAUUUCAUUUUGUUUAUGGGCUCAGAUGAUUAUAUUAUUGUUAUUAUUAUUGUUGAUAUUGCAGACACAAAGCUGUCGUGAGUUUGUGUAUAAACUUUUCAUUUUACUGUUGCCUUUUUUUUUCUUUUCACACUUGUUAGAAAAAUAAAAGUUUAGAAUUGUU